GCGCGAGGCAGCUGCUGGAAAACCGCGCUGGGAGGUACAGGGAAGUCAGUUAUGAGUUUUGCCCCUACUCUCAAAUUUGACCCUCACAACAACGCUAUGAGCUCUGCCUGCCCAGGCCUCUUACCUCCUCCAGAGGAGCAAAAGAAAAUGACCAAGUUUCAGGAAGCAGUGACAUUCAAGGAUGUAGCCGUGGUCUUCACCAAGGAAGAACUGGGAAUGCUGGACACCACCCAGAGGAAAUUGUACCAAGAUGUGAUGCUGGAGACCUUCAGGAACCUGCUCUCUGUGGGACAUGGGAAUCAAAAUAAGAUAGAGACUCUUGAAGAAGUUGUAUUAAGAUACCUUUUACAUGAAGAUCUUACAUCUUGGCCCAUGUGGGAACAAUUUACAAGUAAAUUUACCAGAAAUCAAGAUGUGAUAAUAAAUCCUCAAGGCAUCGUGUCUGAUUUGCUGAAACACAGUGAUUCCCUCUUUCCAAUAUGGGCAGGAGAAUCCGUUCAGGUUUCUGAAGAUGAGAGCCAUGUAAUGAAACUUCAAGGGGAAAGUUCCAGAAGGAAUAGAUGCAAAGAUUUUCCAAAUAGGACCACCUGGGAUUUGGGGAGGAAAAUAUAUCUGAGAGAGUCACAGAACUACCAAAUGGACUUAAUACAUAAAGUUUGUAAAUGUGAUCAGAGUGUUAUGAGAAAUGACUGUCAUCACCAUGAUCAUGGAGCACACAUUAGAGAGAAAGUAUUUAGCCAUAAUAAUUGUGGAAAAGAUUUGAAAUCAUCCCAGCAUAGUGUAAUCCACUCAGGAGAGCAAAUGUCUGAUGAGAAUGGAAAAGGUGUCAGCAUUGGCUUUAAGCAAUUGCACUUACGAGAGAAGCCUCAGAUAUUUAUUGAGUGUGAAAAGGGCAACAGUUAUAGCUCAGUGCUUCCUGUUCAUCAAAGUAUUCAUACAGGAGAGAAAUACUCAUGUGAUGAGGGCUUUGGUCAGAGUUCACAUGUGCAAACUAAUCAGAAAGUCAAGACAACAGAGAAAUCCUAUAAAUGUCAGUUGUGUGCUAAGAGCUUCAAUCAGAACUCUUCUUUUCCAGUGUAUGAAAUUAUUCACACAGGAGAGAAGCCAUAUAAGUUUGACAAGUGUGUGAAGGAAUUUAGUCAUAGCUUGGAUCUUAACAUUCACUGUGUAGACAAAACUGGAGAGAGAUCCUAUAAAUGUGGUAUGUAUCAUAAAGGUGUCAGUCAGAUAUCACAACUUUAUGCCCAUCAGGGAGCCCACAGUGGAGACAAAACAUACAAAUGGAAAGCAUGUGAUAGCAUAUUUAAUCAGAAUUCUGGUCUUCAUCAGAGUGUCCACAAUGGAGGGAAACCAUAUGAAUGUGAGCUGUGUGGUAAGGUCUUCAGGAAGGCCUUACAUCUUCAAGCCCAUCAGAGAAUACACAAUGGAGAGAAACCAUACAAAUGUGAUGUGUGUGAUAAGAACUUCAGCCGUAAUUCCUAUCUUCAAAUCCAUCAGAGAAUACACACUGGAGAGAAACCGUGCAAAUGUGAUGUGUGUGAUAAGAGCUUCAGAUGUAAUUCUCUCCUUCAUGCCCAUCAGAGAGUCCACACAGGAGAGAAACCAUACAAAUGUGAGACAUGUGGUAAAGACUUCAGCUGGAGUUCAGAUCUUCAAGACCAUCAGAGAGUCCAUACAGGAGAGAAACCCUACAAAUGUCCUGCAUGUGGUAAGGGUUUCACCAGGAGUUCACGUCUUCAAGCUCAUCAGGUUGUCCAUACAGGAGAGAAACCCUACAAAUGUAUAGUAUGUGGGAAAGGCUUCAUUUUGAAGUCUUCCCUUCGUGUUCAUCAGAGGAUCCACAAGGGAGAGAGACCCUAUAAAUGUGACAUAUGUAGUAAGAGCUUCCUUCAUGCCUCACGUCUUCAGGCCCAUCAGAGUGUCCACACAGGAGAGAAACCUUUCAAAUGUGUGACAUGUGGUAAAGUCUUCAGUCACAUUUCAAGACUUCGGUGUCAUCAGAGAGUUCACACAGGAGAGAAACCAUACAACUGUGCAACAUGUGGUAAGGACUUCAGCUGGAGGUCACAUCUUCAAGACCAUCAGAGAGUCCACACAGGAGAAAAACCAUAUAAAUGUGAGACAUGUGGUAAGGACUUCAAUCAGAUUUCAAAUCUUCAUGUUCAUCAGAGAGUUCACACAGGCGAGAAGCCAUACAAAUGUGAGACAUGUGGUAAAAACUUCAGCUGUAGUUCACGUGUUCAGUCCCACCAGAGAGUCCACACAGGAGAGAAACCAUACAAAUGUGAGACAUGUGGUAAGGACUUUAGCUGGAGUUCAGGUCUUCAGUACCAUCAGAAAGUCCAUACAGGAGAGAAACCGUACAAAUGUCCUGUAUGUGGUAAGGGCUUCUUAAGGAGUUCACGUCUUCUAGCCCAUCAGAUUGUCCAUACAGGAGAGAAACCCUAUAAAUGUAAACUAUGUGGGAAAGGCUUCAUUUUGAAGUCCUCCCUUCAUGUUCAUCAGGGGAUCCACACGGGAGAGAAACCGUAUAAAUGUGACAUAUGUAGUAAGCGCUUCAUUCAUGCCUCACGUCUUCAGGCCCAUCAGAGUGUCCACACAGGAGAGAAACCAUACAGAUGUGUGACAUGUGGUAAAGUCUUCGGUCUCAUUUCAAGACUUCGGUCUCAUCAGAGAGUUCACACAGGAGAGAAGCCAUACAACUGUGCAACAUGUGGUAAGGACUUCAGCUGGAGUUCACAUCUUAAAGACCAUCAGAGAAUCCACACAGGAGAAAAACCAUAUAAAUGUGAGAUGUGUGGUAAGGACUUCAAUCAGAUUUCAACUCUUCAUGUUCAUCGGAGAAUUCACUCAGGAGAGAAACCCUACAAAUGUCAUGCAUGUGGUAAAGGCUUCACCAGGAGUUCACGUCUUCAAGCCCAUCAGAGAGUCCAUAAAGAGAAACCCUACAAAUGUGAGGAGUGUGGGAAAGACUUCAGUUUGAAGUCUUAUCAUCAUAUUCAUCAGAGGAUCCACAUGGGAGAGGAACCCUUUAAAUGUGUUAUAUGUGGUAAGAGCUUCAUUCAUGCCUCUAAUCUUCAAGCCCGUAAGAGUGUCCACACAGAAGAGAAACCAUACAAAUGUGAGACAUGCGGUAAGGACUUCAGACGUAGUCUUCAGGCUCAACAGAGAGUUCAUACGUGAGCGAAGCCAUGCAAAUGUGAGACAUGUGGUUGUGCUUUAGUCAGAGUUCAUGUGUUCAAGUUCUUCAGAGAGUCCAUAAAGGUAAUAAAACCAGUACACAUGAUGUAUGUGGUAAAGGUGCUCUUCAGAGCUUAGACUUCUCAUUUUCAUCAGAAUACCUACACAGCAGAGAAUAUUUUUGUUAUGUAGUGUUUUAAGAAUUCAAAAGCUGAGUUGUUUAGUCAUGAGUUUUAACAUUUGGUUUUAUAAUUUGGGCUAAGUGAGGAACAGAGGUCUCCAAUGCCCCCAACAACCCUAAGAAAGCCAUCAGUUGCAUUGGCAUUUGCAGUCUGGGGAAACAUUGCACCUUGAAGAGAGUUACUGGUUAGUGAAAUACAGUUACACUUGGGACUUUUCCAUCUAGCCAAGUCCUUUGCCACGAGACCGUGACAGAUGGUUGGGCUAUGUACAGAGCCUUGGGGAAGCGCAGUUCAAGUCCAUCGUGGGCCUCCCUAGGAGAAGGUGAAUGCAGGCUGGCUUGAUUUUCCCAGGGAGAUACUAAAGAGAGCAUGAGCAAGAUUGAAUACAAAAUGAUAUUGACACAAUUGGGUACUAAUUUCUUAUAAUAAAACAGCGAUGUCUGGGACUGCAACAUACAAUGGUGGUGUUACCUUGUUUACUGCCUGAUCAUCUGUCACUCGCUGUGUUUUUGGCCAUACAGGACUAUUGAAGGGCCAUGGGUAGCUAUUAUUAUCCCCACCUGCUCCAUCUCUUUGAUGGUGGCUGAGAUUUCUUGGUGCCCUCCUGGAAGUUUAUAUUGUCUUAUAGCCAUGACCCUCCAGGGCGAGGGUUCUUUUACAGGGGGCCAUUUUGCCUGUCCCUUUAAGGCUGCUUUAAUCACUCUACACUGGAGGCAGAAUUCCUCUAUAGUAGUCUGCAAUGUGGUAUUCUGUAGAUUAAUUCUUAAAAUGUAUUCUGGUAUAGGGGAAAUAUAUACCAAAUAAAAUUAUUAUAAUUUUAAUAAACAAUCUAUUUGCAGCAUUUUUUCAUUGCCUACCAUUUUUAAUUUCCAGACCUGGUUAAAAAAAGUUUUUGUUUUAAAAUACACCACCCCGUUUUUCUGCACCCAGCCCUUCCCUCAUUGCUGCCUUAGGUGCUUAGGCCUUGGGGGCAGGGAUAGGAAAGAAAGAGGCUUAUCUUCUUCAAGCUGGAUUUAAAAGUUUUAAAUCAGCGUCAUGGGAUUUGUGAGAUUUUAUGCCCUACUUUUAAUUAUUUCCAAUUGUUAGAUCUAUUUCACUUACAGCUGUGAUCCAGACAAUUGGGAAAGGUCUUUGCCUUUUCUGGAGGCAGCCCUUUAGCAGCUUUCUGCUGCUCUAGGGAAAUUCCGGGAUGGUUUCCUUUUAACGUCCAGGUUUGUUGGCAGUAAUUACAGAACUAAGGCUUUAAACCCCCUGCAAAGAUGGUUUUUUGUUUUGUUUGUUUUCCUUUUUGGAAUCCAGGAGUAAAAUAAAUAUAUGCACUUAUUUUUAUGUAAUUCAAAUAGUGCUCUUUAAGAAAUUUUGUUAAUUUGUUAUUACCAUCCAGAGGUAUAAGAAUAUACAUUGAACAGGCAGACGAGACAGAAACAGAAAGUUAGUCACAAGAAACAGAAACACAAAUCUUUUGAAAGGGACAAAUACAGGAUUGAAUAUACAUCAUUCUUCCCACUUCUACCCUUUUUCAGAACAAUUGUAGUUGUAAAACAGAGUUCUUUCCAUAGAGCCAUUUCUCUCCUGAUUUUAAGUCAUAUUAAGGCCAGAUUGUGUUACAGAAAUAAACUUUUUUCUCAUAGGCUCAUAACUAAACUCUUUCCAGUAUUUUUUAAUACAGCCAAAAAGUUCCCAUUCUUUCCCCCCUUCCUCCUCCUCUGAGGAGUCUAUGGGGUCCCACGCUUUAGGGUCCUAUACAAGAAAGAUGGAAAUUAGUACUCUGAAAAAGCAGAGCGUGGCGCUAUAAGGGUUAGGACAAGGAGGGUGUGAGGACAGAGUUUGGGCAGGGCCUUGUGACACAGGAGGUGGAGAUUUGUUAGCAGCAGAUACCAGGGAAGGGGAGUUUCAGUGCUUUGUUUAUAAUACAUUUUUUCCUCCUCUGAGGAGAUCUGAUGACUUUUAAUGUUUGUCCAGGUCAAGCAGGGGGCUGUGUGAAAUCACUAUGGAGGGGAGGGUACCCAGGCCCGGGGUCCCCAUGUUAAAUUAUUUUACUACCUCACUUUUACAGGAUGAAAGAAUACUUAUCCUUUAUAACAAUUUGCCUUUAAGAGUGAGAAUUGUUUUCUGAAAGAAGGUCAGAAUAAUAUUAACAAGGAUAUUCUGAUACAAAAUCUUUGUCAUUUAGACAGUACUCAGAUGGUUAAGAUAAACUUCUUAUAACCUUGCAUUAAGCGCAGACUAACAAUCUACCUUAUGUUAAUAGAGAAAAAAAACCCAGUUUUAUAUAAAUAAGGGGUUUUACACAAAAUCUCUUAUUUUUAAAAAAGAAUAUUAUAAACAAUCUUAUCAAAUUUUGGUCAGCAUUGACUGUGACAGUUCAUUUUCAUAAACCUACAAAUUCCAUAUCCAUUCAGGGCUUGUACUCAACAAUGACUACAGACAAAAUUCACUUUCAUCCUGGGAAUACAUAAGUUCACAAAAUAACAUGGGGGGACUUUGCUGUGAGGCACUUGGUGGCCAGUGAGAUCUGCUAAGGUAUUCUUAAAGAUACAGAGAUUAUCUUGAAAGCCUUAGAGCAGCACUGUCUUAAGUGAACAGGGUGGGAAUCUUAUCCUUAAGUCCCUGCAAUUCAAAAGCAAAUAGGUAUUCUGGAUUGUAGCUGAUGUUCUCACAAACAUUGAAGACUCAUGGCUUGAUAUGCCAAGAACUCUAUCAUAGGGUUUGCCCUUAUGAGGCUCAUUACUGCAAAGGAGAGGCUAAACCUGCUUAAAAUUGUGCCUAAAAGUCUCCCACUGAGUAUCUCUUUUUUGCUCAGAA